GUUGUGAACUGUUGCGUAUAAUGACCGAACACAGAGUAUGACGCCAUGUGAUUCAAGAAAAAUUACUAUAUAUUACUAGGUUUGUAUAUACAUACAUAUAAAAUAAGUUAUAUAACUUUGAAUAUGUAUCGCAUAAUUUGAGAAUUAUAAUCUCAUUUCGUGCAAAGUAAUUAAAUUAUUAAAUUAUUAUAGGACGAGUUAUAAAAUUAAUGACUAAGUAUCAUAUGUAAAAAAUUAAAUAUAAAGGAAUUUACACUAUAGGAAACAUACGUGAAUUAAAUAAUAAUUACCGCUAUUGCUGUAAUGAGUACUUUCAGUGUAAAUUUAUCAAUACCUUUCCCAUCAAAAAGGGAAGCAGAAAUUGCUUAUCAAGUACUAAUAGUUGAUAAAGAGCCCUCAAGAGGUAGUAUUACAAAGAAAUUGACGCUAGAUAAUAAUUUAUUACAAAUAUUAAUUUGUGGAACGGAAGCACGAAAAGUUAGAGUGGCAUUAACAUCAUUUUUUGAUAGUUUAAUUUUAGUAACAGAAACUAUGCAACUUCUUGGUCCACCUGUACCAACUUACAAUUAUUAUUAA